AUGGAUCAGCAAGGACAGUCAGGGGUUCCAGGCCCUGCCGGCCGUAAGCUUCAUAUAGCUCACAGGAGAAGUCCUUCAGAGCUGACUCCCCUAAUGAUGGAACAACUCGCUAUUCAACAACAGAUCGAACUGCUUCAGCAGCAACAGCAACAGAUUGCAGCUACACACCAACAGUACGUCAACAUGGGUCUCCUGCAACCUCAACAACUUGGCCAGGUCUCCGCCUUUUCUCCCUCGCUUCAAGGCGGUGCCUCCAUGGCCGGUGUCUCCCCUCAGAUCAGCGCUUUUCAGUUUCCCCAGCUGGCCCAGCAACAGCAACAGCAGGGACAGCAGCAGGGGCUCGGUGUUCCCAUGAAUGCCCCUCCUCAGCACUCGCACCGUCGCAACCAGUCUGCUCUCCCUGGCCUGGCUAUGGGCCCUCCUCCCGCCCCCUCCUCGGGCGCUUCGGGCUAUAAUGAUUAUAGCCAACAACUCCAGAAGAAUGACAACGGAACUCAAGGCGGUCGCGGCCGUGGUGGUCCCCCCGGCGGCGGUCACCAACGCCGUCACUCCCUCGCUCUGCCCGAAGCGAAGAAGGCUGCCGAGCUGGCCCAGCAGAAGCGAACCGCCUCGGGUUUCCAGUUCCCUGCUGCUCCCGCGCCCGGUGAGACCUCGUCGGCCUCCGACGACAAGUCCGCCUCGGCUACCACUCAGAUGCCUCAGGGGCUAGGUCUGCAACGAGCCGGUAACGUCCGGGUAGGCUCUCACGGACGUAGUCAGUCCAUGGCCGUCGGAAACAACCGCGGAUCCCUCCCGGGUCGUGGCGCUGGUGGUUUCCAGUUCCCCCAGAUCAGCGAAAAUGCCCCAGAUACCACCCAGAGACGGGGCAGUCAGCCCGGUCAUGCCCGCACCUCCUCCCGAAACUUUGAAGGCAAUUGGCGUCAGCCCAACAACCAGAACCAGAACCAGGAUCAGCCCAAGACUGGCAACGGCGGGUUUGGACAACAGAGCGGUGGCUUCCAACCCGGUCACCGCGUAAGAGCAUCAAUGAACCAGUCAAUCGGCACCCUGGGCUCUUUCCAAUAUCCCGGGCAACCCCAACUUAUCCAGCUUCCCCAGGGUCAAGUCGUCAUGGCUCAGCCGCAGAUGUUUGGCGGCCAACAGCUGAACCCCCUGCAGCUAGCCCAGCUACAGGCCCUGCAGCAGCAGAGUGGACAGCCGCUCGGUCUCCAAGCUAGUCAGCAUGCCCCGCCGCAGCUGUCGGUUCAGCAGCAGCAGCAGCAACAGCAGCAACAGCGCAAGACGCUCUUCACCCCUUAUCUUCCCCAGGCGAAUCUUCCUGCGCUCCUGAGCAACGGUCAGCUUGUAGCUGGCGUUCUACGCGUGAACAAGAAGAACCGUUCGGAUGCCUACGUUACUUGUGCGGAGCUGGAUGCCGAUAUCUUCAUUUGCGGCAGCAAAGACCGUAACCGUGCACUCGAGGGUGAUCUCGUGGCCGUGGAGCUGCUGGAUGUCGAUGAAGUGUGGGGUCAGAAGAGGGAAAAGGAAGAGAAGAAGAAGCGCAAAGACAUUACCGACACUCGCUCAAACAGCACUGCCGGCAACGAAAAGCUGUCCCGGUCCGACUCCAAUGGGGAUCGUCAGGAGAUUGGCCCCGAUGGUAGCAUCCGCCGUCGCGGCAGUCUUCGCCAACGUCCCACUCAGAAAAAGAAUGACGACGUUGAAGUGGAGGGACAGAGUCUGUUGCUGGUCGAGGAGGAUGAAAUUAGCGACGAACAGAAGCCACUGUACGCCGGCCACGUCGUGGCUGUGAUUGAACGCAUUGCGGGACAGAUGUUUUCUGGUACCCUUGGUCUCCUGCGUCCCAGUAGCCAGGCGACGAAGGAGAAACAAGAGGCUGAACGGAUGGCCAGAGAUGGCGGCCACAGCCGUCCCCAACAGGACCGUCAGCAAGACAAGCCCAAGAUCGUGUGGUUCAAACCCACAGACAAGCGUGUGCCCCUCAUUGCCAUCCCCACCGAACAAGCACCUCGUGACUUUGUGGAGAAGCAUCAGGAUUACGCCAAUCGCAUCUUCGUGGCCUGCAUUAAACGGUGGCCCAUUACCUCUCUCCACCCCUUUGGUACGCUUGUGGAACAGCUGGGUGAGAUGGGCGAUCUCAAGGUCGAGACCGAUGCGCUUCUCCGUGACAACAAUUUUGCUUCGGACGAAUUCUCCGACGCGGUGCUGAAGAGCAUCGGCUGGGAGGAUUGGUCUGUUGCCAAUGAAGCGGAGGCCCUGUUGGCCUCCCGCCGUGAUUUCCGGGACGAGACCACCUUCACCAUCGACCCCAGCGGAACAAAGGCCCUGGACGAUGCCAUUCAUGUCAAGAAGCUUGCAGACGGAAAGGUCGAAGUGGGUAUCCAUGUCGCCGAUGUCUCCCACUUUGUCAAAGCCAACUCCCUAGUCGAUCGAGAGGCGAAGAAACGGGGCACUGCUGUGUACCUGAUUGAUCACGUUGUGAACCUGCUGCCCCAUCGGGUUGCGAAUGAAUUGUGCUCCUUGCUUCCCGGAGAGGAUCGCCUGACUGUCAGUGUCGUCUUCACCGUGGACCCCACCUCCGGAGCUGUCGAUGAUGAUGAUGUAUGGAUCGGCAAGAGCAUCAUCAAGAGUUCUGGAAAAUUGACUUUUGACGAUGUCAAUGCCAUGAUUGCUGGAACCUCUGGGGUUUCCACCGGCAGCGUGUCCCCUGACGAUAUACUGACUCUAAAUGCCAUUGCAACCAAGUUCCGUGAAUCGAGACUUGGAAACCGUGUUUCCAACAUCCCUCCCCUCCGUUUACUCUACCAGCUUGAUGAUGAAAAUGUACCUGUGGAGCGCAAUAUCUUUGAUUCGUCUUCUGCCCACGACAUUGUUGAGGAGCUUAGCCACAAGGCCAACACAUUUGUUGCCCGCAAAAUUUUCAGUGCCAUGCCUGACAAGGCCUUCUUACGUCGCCAACCAUCUCCCAACUUCCGCCGCCUUCAGACAUUCGUUGAGAGGAUGAAUCGACUUGGAUACAAUAUCGACCCAUCCAGCAGUGGUAGUCUUCAGAGCAGCCUUUGCAAAGUCCAAGACUCUGAUAUUCGCAAAGGAAUGGAAACGUUACUUGUCAAGGCGAUGCAACGUGCCAAAUAUUACGUGGCAGGCAACGCUCAGGAUGAACAGCGUCAACACUAUAGUCUCAACCUGCCUCUAUACACCCAUUUCACUAACCCCAGUCGCCGCUAUUCGGAUAUCAUUGUGCACCGCCAGCUGGAGUCAAUCCUAUCCAAUGGUGCUAUCGAGUUCACCGAUGACCUUGAGACCCUGAACAAGACCGCAGAUCUUUGCAACAACAAGAAGGACUCGGCCCACAACGCUCAGGAACAGAGCGUUCACAUUGCGGCUUGCCGGAAUAUGGACAAGCAUCGCGAAGAGGUUGGUGGCGACUUGAUCAGCGAGGGUAUUGUUCUCUGCGUCUACGAGUCGGCCUUUGAUGUCCUCAUUCCCGAGUAUGGGUUUGAGAAGCGCGUCCACUGUGAUCAGCUACCGUUGAAGAAGGCCGAGUACCGCAAGGAUACCCGUGUCCUGGAGCUUUACUGGGAGAAGGGUGUCCCCUCGUCUGCCUACAUCCCCGAAGACGAACGCCCCAAGCCUGCUAGUUCGCGUGCCGCCCAGGCGGCUGCUGCCGCACGUGAGGCGGAGGCGGCUCGAGAGCGUGCCAGAGAACGAGAAGAAGCGAUGCGGAAGCAAACCGAGACCGGUACCAUGUCUGCCGAUGACGUUGACGCCCUCUUUGACGACGAUGAUGACAUCUCCGAAGUCACUGAGAUGGCUGCUGGUGUGUCGUUGAACUCGCCCGUCGAUCGUUCCACUCAGAGCAUGCCACCAUCUCCGACUCGCAAUGGUCACCUUGCGCAGGCUCCUCACCGGACUCGGUCCGACCCGAAGAUUGCGUCAGUCUCUGCUGAUGCUCCUGAGGCCAAGUUGACGAACAAAGAGAAGUAUCUGAAGCUCUUCGCGCUGAGAGAGGAAGAUGGAGAGUACAUCCAGGAUGUGACCGAGAUGACCCGGGUUCCCAUCAUCCUAAAGACCGAUCUAUCCAAGAGCCCUCCCUGCCUUACCAUCCGGUCUGUCAACCCCUAUGCUCUGUAA